AACCGGAGUUCGAAGACGAGAGCGAGAGAAGACGACCAACUCCUUCGAUUAAAGAUCUCUAACCCUAACCCUAGAGUUGGUGGACGUCUUCUCCCUCCCGAUCCGUCCCCCGGACGAUGGGGAUCGCCUCCCAGGACGCCAUCAUGCAGCUCUCCGCGCUCGUGGACGAAGUGGACGAGCCGUUGAAGGUUACGUUUAAGAAUAUACACAUGGGUUAUCCAAGUGAAACUUUGGUUCGGUUUCUUAAGGCUAGAGAGUGGAGCAUUCCUAAAGCACAUAAGAUGCUGGUGGAUUGUUUAAAUUGGAGGAUACAGAAUCAUAUUGAUAUCAUUCUAAAUAAACCUAUAAUCCCAGCUGAUUUGUAUAGAAAGAUUCGUGAUUCACAACUUGUAGGAAUGUCAGGAUACACAAAGGAUGGUCACCCUGUUUUUGCAAUAGGUGUUGGGCUCAGCACAUAUGAUAAAGCAUCAGUUAACUACUAUGUGCAGUCACAUAUUCAAAUUAAUGAAUACCGGGAUCGUGUAAUUUUGCCUGCUGCAUCUAAGAAGUAUGGGCGGCAUAUUGGCACAUGUGUGAAAGUUUUGGAUAUGACUGGUCUAAAGCUUUCAGCAUUGAACCAAUUAAAGUUAUUAACUAUCAUAUCCACCGUUGAUGACCUAAAUUAUCCAGAGAAGACAGAGACAUAUUAUAUCGUUAAUGCUCCAUAUAUAUUUUCAGCGUGUUGGAAGGUUGUGAAGCCUCUCUUGCAAGAGAGAACGAGAAGAAAAGUGCAGGUACUGCAAGGUUGUGGCAGAGAUGAGUUGUUGAAGAUAGUGGACUCGGCAUCUCUUCCCCAUUUCCGUAAGAGAGAAGGCUGUGGGUCAUCUCGACACUCGACUUCUCGAUCUGAUGACUGCUUCUCUUUGGACCAUCCCUUUCACCAACAGCUCUACAACUACAUUAAGCAGAAAGGUCAAGAAUAUGUGGCACUGUUGAAGCAAGGCUCCUUUCAUGUAGAUGUGCCUGAACCAGACCCCGAGGGAAUUAAGAUUGUGGAGACCAUCGAGUCGGAGAUGCAUAAGAUUGGCGAUCGGAAUGGACUCAACCACUCGCUGAGUGAUCUCAAGAUUGAUAGUGCGUGAAGCUGCUCUAUCCAGAAAUUAUCUGAAUGUAAUCAGCUGAUUCGCUCAUGUCCAAAAGUGCACCAGAUCUGAUCACUGGGUGAACCAGCUAUGCUUUGGUUAUUGUAGCAAGUCGUCCUUGGAGAUCCCUUGCAGGUUUAAUACCAAAGAAGCUGAAUAGUCUAAUUAGGGCGCAAAAUAUUUCAGCCAUGUAAGGGAGAAUAAGCCGGAGAGCACAUGCAAUUUCUAUAUCAUAGAAUAUAAACAUCUUUCACCA